AUUAUCCAUUGGAGGAGACCUCAGAAGAGAAGUUUGAUUCUUUUUAUCUCGACGUAACUUUAGUGAUUGACAUCGAAGACGAGAGCAAGAGAAUUGGGGGAGAAUUUCUGGGUUUCGAUUUGGGUGAGAGACGAAGAAAAAGAAACAAAACAACAACAAAAAAAGCCCUAGGGUCGUGGAAUCGUUGAUCAGAUGCUAUUGGGUCGACGAUUAGAGAAGAAGAACAGCAAGCAACAUGAUGAACACUUCUAAUGGAAUGAUAUCGGCGCCAUCUUCAUCGUCUUCACCGGCGGCGAAUCCUCAGUCGCCGGGGAUUAAGACUUAUUUCAAGACGCCGGAAGGGAAGUACAAGCUCCACUACGAGAAGACGCAUUCCUCUGGCCUCCUUCACUACGCACAUGGCAAAACCGUUACUCAGGUAACUCUAGCUCAGCUAAAGGAAAGAGCUGCUCCUACGACCCCAACUGGUACUUCGUCUGGUUAUAGUGCUAGUAGCGGAUUCCGUUCAGCAACAGCAAGAUUGUUAGGCACUGGAAAUGGAAAUCGCUCUCUUAGUUUUGUUGGAGGUAAUGGAGGGGGCAAAAGUGCAAGCACAAGUUCAAGAAUUAGUGGCUCUUUCGUUGCUUCUAAUUCUAGCACGUCGAUGACAAAUACAAAUUUCGAUGGGAAAGGAACUUACUUGGUCUUCAAUGUGGGUGAUGCUAUUUUUAUCUGUGACUUGAACUCACAAGAUAAGGAUCCAGUAAAGUCUAUCCAUUUCAGUAAUUCAAACCCUAUGUGCCAUGCUUUUGAUCCGGAGGCUAAGGAUGGACAUGAUUUACUUAUUGGGCUGAAUUCUGGGGAUGUGUACACUGUAUCACUGAGACAGCAGUUACAGGAUGUCUCUAAGAAGCUAGUUGGAGCACUGCAUUAUAAUAAGGACGGCUCUGUGAACAACAGUCGUUGUACUAGUAUUGCUUGGGUGCCUGGAGGUGAUGGAGCAUUUGUCGUUGCUCAUGCCGAUGGGAAUUUGUAUGUGUAUGAGAAGAACAAAGAUGGUGCCACUGACUCAACAUUUCCUGCAAUAAGAGAUCCUACACAAUUUUCAGUUGAUAAAGCAAAAUAUAGCAAGAGUAAUCCUGUUGCGAGAUGGCAUAUCUGUCAAGGUUCAAUUAACAGCAUUGCAUUCUCAAAUGAUGGAGCACACUUGGCAACUGUUGGAAGAGAUGGUUAUCUUCGCAUUUUUGACUUCUUAACCCAGAAGCUAGUAUGUGGUGGGAAAAGUUAUUAUGGUGCUCUGCUGUGCUGUUCUUGGAGUAUGGAUGGAAAGUACAUUUUGACGGGAGGUGAAGAUGACUUGGUUCAAGUGUGGAGUAUGGAGGAUCGGAAGGUCGUGGCAUGGGGUGAAGGGCAUAAUUCGUGGGUAAGCGGAGUAGCGUUUGAUUCCCAUUGGUCGUCACCAAAUUCUGACGGGUCAGGAGAGCAUGUCAUGUACCGUUUUGGAUCAGUUGGUCAGGACACACAGUUACUUUUGUGGGACCUUGAAUUGGACGAGAUUGUGGUUCCACUUAGGCGACCUCCAGGAGGAUCUCCCACGUACAGCACGGGAAGCCAAUCAGCUCACUGGGACAAUGUCAUACCAAUGGGAACUCUUCAACCUGCUCCUUGCAAACGUGAUGUUCCAAAGCUCUCGCCAGUCAUAGCUCACCGCGUUCACACCGAGCCCCUCUCCGGCUUGAUGUUCACACAAGAAUCAGUCGUAACGGCUUGCCGAGAAGGCCAUAUAAAGAUCUGGACACGGCCCAGUGUCUCAGAAACCCAAUCCAACAACUCAGAAGCAAAUCCUACUAGUGCGCUCUUGAGCACAAGCUUCCCCAAAGACAACAAAGCCUCACUGAGCAGCAAGAUCGUUGGUUCUAGUUUCAAGCAAUGACAGAGCUUGCUGUCUGAAAAAUCAGGUGCUAUUAUUUAGUCAUGUUCAUCCUUUCAAGGUGAAAAGGAAACUUUAAAGAAAAGCCCUGUGAAUAAAAUAUCUACUGGGUUUUGUUUUGUUUUUUUUUAAUUUUAAAAGAAAGAUGAAAAUCUGAAAUCUGACUGUAUAUUGGAGGCUGACAAGAUUGUGGGCAUAGAGAGAAGAAGAAGAAGAAGAGAUGGGUGAGACGAAAGAGAAUGUUCUGAUGUAAAUUAUAAGAAGAAGAAGAAGAAAAAAGGUUGUUUAGGUUUUUUUAGGGUUCAUGUCCAGAAGAUUCUCAUCAGCCAAUAAUGGAACUUUGGUGCUUCAGAAGAUGACACUCUUUAUUUUCAUGCAGUUUGCAGACACUGAACGAUGCCUUAUCUAUAUAUUAUUUAUUCUGGUUUCUCGGAAAUAAUGUUCCUGCAUUUUUGUUUUAUGAGUGAAAGAAAAUCCCAAAAGUCGC